CAUUUGGCUGUCAUGGCUGCGCCCAUCGCACUCAUACAAGGGGCCAGCAGAGGACUGGGGCUUCAGUUCUGUAAACAUAUCUUGAAAAGCAAAAGCCCUGCUGCCGUGAUAGCGACAUGUCGAAACCCUGACGAAGCGGCCGAGCUGCGCAGCCUGGCCGGCCAACACCCGGGCAGACUGACGGUCCUCAGGCUGGACGUGAACCGAGAGGAGGACAUCCGCGGAGCUGCGGAGCGAGUUAAGGAGAGCUUCGGUCGCCUGGAUCUGGUCGUCAACUCCUCGGCGAUGCUUCACCCCUCCGGAAAAGGAGAGACGAGCUUGAGAGAUGUUUCUGCUCAGGGCAUCAUUUCCACCUUGACGACCAACACAGUGGGCCCUCUGGUAAUGGCCAAGCACUUUGCCCCCCUCCUUCAGAAGGGUGGAGGUGGUUUCGGUCAACAGCCUGCAGAGAAAGCCAAGCAGCACAGCGGCAUCAUCGUCAACAUCACCGCCAAAGUGGGAUCCAUUGGCGACAACGGUCUUGGUGGUUGGUACAGCUACAGAAUGUCUAAAGCAGCUCUCAACAUGGCUACCAGGAAUCUGUCUAUAGAGCUGGGCCGCAGUCGACCAAAAGUGGUGUGCGUGUCCUUACAUCCAGGAACGGUCAACACAGACCUCUCCCGACCGUAUCACAAGAAUGUGCCAAAAGACAAGCUGUUCAGUACCGAACACUCUGUGAGCUGUCUGAUGGGCAUCAUAGACACACUGAAUAUAGAAAAGACUGGCAGGGCGUACAGCUGGGACGGGACUGAACUUCCAUGGUAGAAUUGAUGAAUGGACAAAGAGAGAGGCUCGGUGUAGACGGUGUAAUAAGCUGGAAAGUCAUCAGAACUGACAUGCAGGAGGUCCCAGACGGACUGACGGUCUGAACAGUCAAAAACAAACCACUGCACCUACCUCAGCACCAGCCAAAGUGCUUAAAUCACCUCUAACACCUGUAACGAUAAUAAUGCCUUCACAUAAAGCUCGUACAGUAUGUGGCUUAAGAUCUGAUGCAAUUGUAACUAAACUAGUGAUGUAGCAGGCUGGGGGCUCAUGUGGUGGUAGAAAUAAUUUCAUAAACUAAUCUUGAGGUGCUUUGCUGUGUCAGUUAAUAUUAGCAAGUGGUUUAUGUUAAAGGGAUACGUUGACAUAUUGGGAGUGAUGCUUACUCACUUUCUUGCUAAGAAUUAGAUGAAGAGACAGUUAGCUUAGCUUAGCAUAAAGACUGUAAACAAUGAAACUGGAAUCUGCACAGGUGAAACUGACAGGUGAUCGUAUUACAUCUCAUUAGAUUGAAAUGUACAGAAACCCAGUUGUGAAAACAAUAAAUUGUGGUUUUACUGCAGAGGAUGUGAUAGGAUAUUUCUUGGCCGAGCCCAGUGACUUCCUCCUCAGGGUGACCGAAAAGACUCCAGGGAGUGACUGGGCCUGGCCAAGAAAUAUACAUAACCUCCCCCCAUGAAACCACAACAUCUCAUUAUUUUUGGUUUUGUACAACAAGCUGUUUGCCCUCCUUUCCAGUCUUUGUGCUAAGCUAAGCUAACCAUCUCCUGGCUGUAGGGUAUCAACAACAGAUAUGAGAGUGGUACAGAUCAUCUAAGUCUCAGCAAGAGAGCAAAUAAAUGCACAUUUUCCAAAAUGUCAAACUGUCCCUUUAAGUGUGACAUCGAAAAGCAAUUUCAGAUGUUUCUUGUUGUGUUUCAUAUCCAAUUGUUGAAUAAAAAUCUGUUUUUGUCACGA